GUCUCUUUCAACAUCGAUUGCCAACUGUUCCCCCACCUCCUAUUGAUCAUUCUUUCCAUACCGAUGGUGUAUUAAAGACAAAUGGAGAACGAAUGACUGUUCGAUAUGAUAUCUAAAAUCCACCAUUCCUUCCUCUUUCUAGCCUUAGCAAUCUGCCAGGUUGUUUUGUCCUUUCCAGACAGUUCAAAUAUUGUUUCUGAAGGUGUUGCGGAUGCGGAAAGUCAGCAAUACAUUCUUAAUAAGUUGCAAUGUUGGGAGUGCCCUGAGCCAUGUAGUCUUAUGACAUGUUGCAACGACGGGCAUCCAUUUUGUACAGAGGACAAGGGACUGUGUUACUGUAGUUCAUAGAUCGCCUGUCUUGGAAUUGUCUGUGCAACAAAGUUUAGGAGACCGGUUUUUUCUUCCACCUGCAGUUAGAUUUUAAAC